CCCCGUGGGAGGCAGAAGGCAUCUAGGAGCGCUCCGGACCGCAUGACGGGGACCAGCGGCUCCCGGGAAAAACAGCAAUGACCGAAAAGUCCUAAAUAAAUGGUUCAAAAUGAAGUCCAGCCAGCGGUGGCUUCUUUUUCUAUUGUUUCUACCUCUAUCAGGUGUUUUAUGCUUUAGUGAGCUGUCCUUCAUCACGGAGCCCAGUGAUGUUACAGCUCUACCAAAUGAUCCGGUGACGUUGGACUGUCAGGCUCAUGGCCAGCCGCCAGUCACCAUCAAAUGGCUCAAAAAUGGACUUAAGCUGGCAGAGAGCGAACAUUUCAAGUUUCUGCCCAACGGCUCCUUGUACAUACCAAAGAUAAAGCACACCAAGGAGGAUUCAGAUGAAGGAUUUUACCAGUGCCUCUCCCAAAACAAAUAUGGAGCUAUCCUAAGCCAAAGAUCACGCCUGACUAUCGCACGAAUCACAGAGUUUGAGUCUCAUCCCGUUUCCAUGGUGGUGUCUGAAGGUUCUGUGGCGCGGUUCUCCUGUGCCGUCACUUCAAGCCCUCCGGCCACCAUCACCUGGGAGUUUAACCAAAGCACGCUGCCUCUACAGACAGACAGGAUAACGGUUUUGCCGAAUGGAGUUCUUCAGAUCCACAACAUCCAGCUGGAGGACGCCGGAAAGUAUCGAUGUGUCGCUACCAACAUCGGCAGCCUUUUAAAGAGUCGAGAGGCCACACUGACUGUUCACAAAGAUGAGGGCCCUAAACCCCGGCAGAGGCCCCGGAUCAUCGCCGGACCUCAGAACGUAACGGUUUCCCUUCAUCAAACUGUAGUUCUGGAGUGUGUGGCCACAGGCUACCCCCCGCCCAUCAUCUCCUGGAGCCGAGCCGACAGCAAACCCAUCGAUGUUUACAAUGCCAAAGUGCUGGGCAAUGGGAAUUUGGUUAUUACCGAUGUAAACUCCAAGCACAGCGGCAUUUACCUCUGCAGGGCGACCACGCCUGGAACACGCAACCACACAACAGCAGCAGCCAACCUCACGGUCUUAGUGCCACCAACCAUCGUAGAGAGGCCUGAGAGCCAGACGCGUCCGCGAGCAGGCACCGCCCGCUUUAUGUGCCAGGCGGAGGGGGUGCCACCGCCGCGUAUUCGCUGGCUAAAGAACGGUGAAGACGUUCACCUGAAUGGGAGAAUAAAGAUGUACAACGGUAAACUGGUGAUCACCCAGAUCAUCCCAGAAGAUGAUGCCAUCUAUCAGUGCAUGGCGGAGAAUGAACAGGGUUCCGCGCUGUCCUUGGCCCGCCUUAUCGUCGUCAUGUCUGAGGACAGGCCCAGUGCGCCGAGGAACAUCCACGCAGAAACCAUCUCCAGCUCUGCCAUUUUACUGGCCUGGGAAAGACCGCUGUACAACGCAGACAAAGUGAUAGCCUACUCCAUCCAUUACAUGAAGGCUGAAGGUCUGAACAAUGAAGAAUAUCAGGUUGUCAUUGGCAACGACACGACCAGUUACAUUAUCGAUGACCUUGAACCAGCUCGGAACUACAGCUUUUAUAUUGUGGCUUACAUGCCGAUGGGUGCCAGCCGUAUGUCCGACCAAGUCAGCCAGCACACGUUAGAAGACGUGCCUCUGCGUACCCCGGAGCUCACUCUGACCAGCCACAGUGCAACAGACAUCCAGGUGACGUGGCAGCCUCUUCCUGCUAAGAUCAGCCGUGGGCGAGUGUUGGCCUACAGACUGUCCUAUCGCACGGCUGUUGAUGACGCUGUCGUAAACGUGGAGCUACCGCAAAACUGCACCCAAUAUCUUUUGGAGGGCCUGCAGCCUGACACCAUUUACCUGCUCCGUAUAGCCGCAGCCACCCGUGUGGGUUGGUGCGAGCCGUCGGCGUGGACGUCACACCGUACAUCGAAGAUGACCAGCGACAAAGUGCCUCCAGCUCCUGUUUUACAGCUUGAAGCCCUUAACUGCACCUCUCUGAGGGCCCGCUGGCAGACCCCCCCAGACUCUGUGGCUGUGCUGGGUUUCCGGCUGUGCUACCAUGAGGAAGGCCAGCCAGAGCAGCCAAGCAUCCUGCUGCAGGCCCACACCUACGCCUAUACCAUCGGAGGCCUUGAUCCAAGGAGAAAAUACCAUGUGAAGAUUCUGGCGAUCAGCAAAGUUGGCGAUGGUUAUCAGACAGACCAAACCCUCAGCACUCCAGGAUGUGUGUCGGCCAGAGACCAGCUGGCGGUGGCUCCUCCCCCUCCGCAUCAGGUCACCGUCUUAAUCAGCAAUUCCUCUGCCGUGUCCCUUCGUUGGAGCCGCCCUGCUUUUUCCUCUGGAAAGCCAGUGAGCUACACGGUCCGCUGUACACCUGUGGGCACGCACAACGUCUCGGCUAUACGCUACAUACAAACCACCAAGCAGAGUGUUAUGGUUCGAGAUCUGCUUCCAAACACUCAGUAUGAGUUUGUUGUUCGUCUCCAUGUGGACGAGAUGUCCAGCUCAUGGAGUUCUGUGGUUUAUCAUCAGACUGCACCAGCAGCGCCUAGCCGCCCACCAGCAGGAGUUCGAGUGACUCUGAUUGAGGAUGACACAGCUCUGGUGUCCUGGAGGGAGCCCAGCGGGCCUCAUUUGGUGGUUACACACUACACCAUACUGUACGCCUCACAGCAAGCCUGGAUGGCCGGACACUGGCAGCGGAUCCAGAGAGAAGGCACUCAUACAAUGGCCUUAUUGGAGAAGCUGGAGCCAGGGAAGGUCUACCUGCUGAAGAUCUGUGCCUCCAACAAAGUAGGCGAUGGACCUUUCUCUAACACCGUGGAGCUGGCGCCGAGGCGUGGACAUGCCCAUCGCAGCAAGAAUCCCAGGCACUCCGACAGCUUUCCAGACUCCAAAGUGUUCUCUGAUGGCCUCUACCACCUCGAUCAGAGCUCUAUGACGGGGAUAAUGGUCGGCGUGAGCAUUGCCUUAACCUGCAUCGCCAUGUGUGCCUUAAUCCUCAUCAGUAAAGGCAGACCAAGAAAAUCUGCUAGUCCCAAAAUGGUUGCUGUCCGUGGUUCUGGAGGGCCUCAUCCGGGCAUGCCGCUGCCCGGCAGUUACCAUCUGGAGAACGUUGAGGCCCUUUUACCGAUGAUCAGUAGUCGCUUUAUUGAUCCAAAGGGUGGAUCUGAUCUCAUCAUGAAUAGUUCAGGUAGCAGCAAGGUUCAAAGCAACAAGUGGCUGAUUUUCCAGAAAGAGAUGAACGAUUCAGCCGCCAGUGAGGCUGAGACAAGAGUCUGUUUGUAUGAGAAAGGCAGAACUGUGUUGAGGUAUGAUGAGCGCCUAGGCUCAGCCCCACUGGCCCCGUCGUCUCGCGAGAUCAUCUACGGUCCGCUUCACUCAGAGAGCUCCCAGAGCAGUGAAGGCAGCCAGGAAACCGGAGACUCUGGUCACUUCUCCAACGAGGAGAGCAAUGAAGAAUUCAGCAACUCCUCUACCUGCCAAACUUCAGGAAGUUUGGAGUCCGAUGAUGGUCCAAAUCUUAAGCAGUCUGUUAAAUUGGAACCAGCAGCAGCGUCCUUCCAUGCUACCAAAGGCUCCUGGCUUAGCAGCACCUCCUGACCCCUUCACACCUGCUUCUACACCCCACCGCUUCUCCCUUCUUCCAAAAAAGUUAAUCAAUCCACUGGACCUUGUUUCUAAAUUUGAAGUUGUUUCGCUUCCCAUCCAGGAAGAUUUUUCUAUUCAAAAUCUCAGAAAUAGGCUUUAUAUCAGAGGUCUUCAACAGGGGGUCUGCGUCCCCUAGGGGGUCCAUGAAAGUUUGUUUUUUUUAUAUUC